AUGUCUUCUCGAGACCCCCAACAGAGCCAGUGCUGGAUCAUCGGCGGCGGCGUUGCCUGCCUGGCCGCCGCCGUGCAUCUGCUCGAGACGGGCAUUCCAGGCCCCAAUAUCCAUUUCAUCGAGAUCAUCUCCUCGGAGCGCGACAAGCAGCAGCGUCUGUCUUCCUUUGGCAAUGCCGUCGACGGGUAUUCCAUCCAUGCGGGACUGCAGCCAGACUUCCACGGACAGUGUAUGCGCGAUCUCCUCCGUCUGGUGCCUUCUGAUCCCGCCCAUCCGAGAGAAUCUCUCUAUGAGACUCUGCAGACAGAAUGGAGGCAGGCAGAGACAUCUUCUUCUCAAACCCCCACGCGACUGCUUCAACACGGCCAACGCAGCCAUCUCCACCACUUUGACCUCAAGCUGCAGGACCGGCUCGACCUGGCGCGCAUCAUGAUGGUGGCAGAAGACAGUCUGGCCGACCAGAGCAUCCGGCAGCUGUUCGACAGCCGUUUCUUUGCGUCCACCUUUUGGAUCUUCUGGUCCACAACGUUCGCCCUCCAGCCGUGGCACAGCGCCAAAGAGCUCCGGCGCCAUCUGUGCAAGCACCUGCCCGACAUCCAGGAGAUCAACGACUCGCAGAUCUUCGGCCGGCUGCAGAUGCGCUUCUUCGACGCCGUCGUCCGUCCCCUCCGCCGGUAUCUCGCGGCGAGGCAAGUCGAUUUCUGGCCUGAGGCCGCCACUCACGUGUCUCGCUUAGUCAUGGACAACAGUCACGUGGUGCUGACUCAGCUGGAGAUAUCCCAGGCGAAAGAAACCACCACCAUCUCUCUCGGGCCUCACGACGUCUGCAUCCUCAACCCAGGCCCGAUCGCCUCAACCGUAGCCCUGGGCAGUCAUUUUGCUCGGCCAGACGUGCAUCAACAGACCAUCAGCCGCCCCGACAGCCGCGACUGGUCGCUCUGGUACCUGCUCGCGGCGGAGAGUCCCCGGUUCGGCAACCCGGCCAACUUCAUCGGACGCGUGGGCGAGUCGCGGCUCGUCACUUUUACCGUGACGCUGCGCAGCCCGCUGUUCCUGCAGCAUUAUGUCGCGCUGACGGGGAACCAGCCCGGCGCGGGGGGCGCGAUGUGCACGUUGGGCGACAGCCGGUGGUGUCUGAGCGUGAAUGUGCCUCGGCAGCCGGUCUUCGAUGACCAGCCAGCCAAUGUACAGGUGAUCUGGGGGUACGGACUCAACGCCCAGGAAGAGGGAACCCUCGUCCACAAGGGAAUGGCAGAGUGUACGGGGGAAGAGAUCCUCUCGGAGCUGCUCGUCCAUCUGCAGGUUCCGAGUGACGCCCAGCAAGAGAUCCUCGCUUCCUCCGUGUGUGUGCCCUGCGUGAUGCCCUAUGCUACGGCCGCCAUGCUCACCCGCGUCAAGGGGGACCGGCCUGAUACGCUCGUCCCGGGGGGGAAUGUCGCUCUCGUCGGUCAGUUCGUGGAGCUGCCCGAUGAACCGGCGUUUAGCAUGGAGUAUAAUGUGCGAGGGGCGCAGCUGGCUGUCUCGCAGCUGAUGCAGACGCCUGCGCCGAGGAAGGCCAUGCGGAACCGUCUUUUUGAUGUGUUUGAUAUCCUGGCGUAG